GUUACAGCCUUGUUAUCUUUUAUCAAAUAUCUGGUACAUUUAAUUUUUAAAUUCGUAGAAUAAACCUUUUAAAGGUACAUCGGUUUAUUUAGAAAACUCUACUGUGAGUGCUAUUUAAUUUCAGCAGCAAAUAAUGGCAUCGGUUGCAGAGCCAUUAACUUUAGCUAGAGAUGUCGCCAGAGCCGUGGAAUUACUGGAGAAACUACAGAAGAGUGGUGAAGUUCCUGUAACAAAAAUAGCUGCUCUCCAGAAAGUGCUUCAGAGUGACUUCCUAAAUGCUGUCCGUGAGGUGUACGAACAUGUCUAUGAAACUGUUGAUGUCCAAGGUUCAGCUGAUGUUAGAGCCUCUGCUACUGCCAAGGCAACUGUUGCUGCAUUUGCAGCCUCCGAAGGUCAUGCUCAUCCUCGUGUUGUAGAAUUACCUAAAACUGAAGAAGGGCUUGGAUUUAAUGUAAUGGGUGGAAAAGAACAAAAUUCUCCAAUUUAUAUUUCAAGGAUCAUACCAGGAGGAGUCGCAGACCGUCAUGGAGGACUUAAAAGAGGAGACCAGCUUUUGUCUGUCAACGGUGUUUCUGUUGAAGGAGAAAAUCAUGAAAAAGCUGUCGAACUUCUGAAGCAGGCUCAGGGAUCUGUAAAACUGGUCGUUCGUUAUACACCAAAGGUCCUUGAGGAAAUGGAAAUGAGGUUUGAUAAACAGAGGGCCGCUAGGCGCAGGAAUCCGUACUAAAUAUUCAAUGAAAUAACAUUUUGUUGUGUAUUAUGUAUUUUACGUUUCAAUUUGGUGCAGAUUCACAAUAUUCAUGCUUAUUGUUUAAUAGGUUUGCUCUCUUUAACAUUUAUUAUUAAUUUUAAUAUUUCCUUUAAUAUUCAUAUUGUUGGUUCAUUACAAAAAAUCAAUAAGUAUACAUUUUUCAUGGAACUAAAUUUUAAAGUUCAUGUUUGUGAAUUUUGAUCAUAUUGAUCGAUGUGAAAUCUUAUCAAAUGGUCAAAUAUUACACAAAUAUCAUUAUAUGUUAAAAACAGAUAAUGUGCAUUAUGAUUAGAUUUGACAUAGGGAAAAUUCAUCAAAGUACUUAGUGAUUUAAAUUUCUGAAAUGUUGCUUAAUGCCUUUUUGCAAUAAACUAACGAUAUCUAUUAAUAUUAAAUUGAUUUGAAAAAAUUAAAUAAAUUUCUUAUUGAAUGAAAUUUAAAAAUUAUGUAGUAAUCUGUUUCAUUAGUUGACUGAUUACAUCAAAGGUUCUCUUUGUUAUCUGUUAAUAUUUUAAUAUUCAGAUCUGAUAUGUAUGUAACAUUUAUUUAUUAUGGAGUUCUGUUUUUCAUUCACAAACCAUUCUUAUUCUGUUUCUACUUUUCAGUUAGUCAACAGAGUUCUUAUUUAUCAGUAUUACUAACAUUAUAUUCUCAGAACUCCUAAUCUUUUUUUUUUUUUUUUUUUUU